AUGCUGCUCAGAAAUAUUGAUACAGCAGGAGGUCAUUGCAACGGAACAAGAUAUAUAGUCUUCAAUCUACAAAACCACAUCAUUAAAGCAGAACUGGCCAAUGGGACACAUGCUGGAGUCCGAAUGAUGAUACCACGAAUUCCACUGACCACCACUGAAGAUUAUCCGUUCUUAUUUUCCAGGAAACUGUUUCCUUUGAAUCCGACUUUUCGAAUGACAUCAAACAAAUCCCAGGGCCGGACCUUAGAGAACGUUGAAAAUUACCUGGGAACGCCUAUGUUCAGCCAAGGUCAGUUUUAUGUUGCCAACAGCAGGGUUGGUUCUGGGAACAAUGUGCAUAUUUUGGAUUUGGACUCAGAAUAUAAGGCUAUGAAAGGAAUCUACACUGACAAAGUUGUCUAUUAA